UAAUAAUAAUUACCAAUUAGGUAUCAUUGACUAUCGACUACAACAACUGUCUAUUAGAUUAUCAGUCGGUUGAACUGUUGAUGUUGAAUUGUUGAAGUACCAUUUGAAAUUAAUUUAAAAUUAUUUACCUCCAUUUUGACGGUAAAUAUUUUCUAAAGUUUAACAGUAGAAUAUAUAGCUUUUCCAUAUUUUCAUAAUGACAAGAUCAAAAGCUUUUCUUUCAUUAGUUAUAUUUUCAACAAUAUUUGUACAUGCUCAAUCAUAUUUAUUAUGUUACCAAUGUGUUUCAACACAUCCUGGUUGUGGCACACCAUUUAAGUGGUUAUGGCAUAAAACAGUGUCUUGUCCUGAAGAAGAUGAUAUAUGUGUAAAAGUCAUUGAGAAAGUUGGAGCUGAAGAACGUAUUACUCGUGAUUGUUUGAGUUCAUUAAAAGGUUUUCGAACAGAUAUUCCUGCUGAUAAGUAUGAGGGUUGUAGAAAAAGUUCCCUGGAUGUUAAACUAGGCCACUAUGUCAAUAAUUCAAUUCCUGAGUUGGAUAUUAAACGAGAUUAUUAUGAUUCAACUACUUGGUGCUUUUGCUAUUUUGACCAUUGGUGUAAUUCAGCGAAUAUAUCUACAUCUUCCAAUUUGCUUAUUGUGCUGAUAAGUAUAUUUUUUUUUGUUCGUAAUAUUGACCAGUAAUUAUAUUUGCAAUAGUAUACAUUUAAUGUAUAAGAAUCAUGAUUAUUAUAUGUACUGAAAAAUCAAACAUUUAUUUAGGUUUUUGGUUUUAUUAUUUACAAAUAAGUUAAAAUG